AUGACAGCCAGUCAACCAGAGGGGUCUAAGUACACGUUGAUUGAACUGACAAGAUUCCUGAAUGAGACUAAGGGGAAAAAAGUUAAUCUUGAGGAGUUUGCUGUCUCUGAGUUUGCUGUCUCUGAGUUUGCUGCGCUGACCAAGGAGGUGAAUGUGUGUCGGGAGCAUUUGAUGGAGAGGGAAGAGGAGAUCGCUGAGCUCAAGGCUGAGAGGAACAACACACGGCUUCUCCUGGAGCAUCUGGAGUGUCUGGUGUCUCGUCAUGAACGCAGUCUGAGGAUGACGGUGGUGAAGAGGCAGGCCCAGUCUCCUGCUGGGGUCUCCAGUGAGGUAGAGGUCCUCAAGGCACUCAAGUCCCUGUUUGAACACCACAAAGCCCUGGACGAGAAGGUCAGGGAGAGACUGCGUGUGGCUUUAGAAAGAUGCAGCCAGCUGGAAGAACAGCUCACAUCACAACACAAAGAGAUGUCCUAUCUGAGAGAGCAGAAUAUCCAGAAGAGGUCGCUAGGCGACGGAAUGGAAGGGCUCAACCACGACUCUGAAAACACCCCAAGCACAAACGGCAAGAGGUCGUCAGACGGCUCUCUGAGCCAGGAGGAGGACCAGGGGAAGAUGGGAGAGCUGCAGGAGGUGGUGGCGAGACAGACGUCAGACCUGGGGCAGAUGAUGGAGCGCAUGGCGGCCAUGACGGGACGCAUCAGCGAGCUGGAGGAGGACCUGGACACGGCGCGCAAGGACCUCAUCAAGAGUGAAGACUUGAACACACGCCUGCAGAGAGACAUACGAGAGUCUAUGGCCCAGAAGGAGGACAUAGAGGAGCGUAUCGUCACCCUGGAGAAGAGGUACUUGGCAGCGCAGCGAGAGGCCACCUCCGUACACGACCUCAAUGACAAGCUGGAGAACGAAGUGGCCAACAAGGAGUCCCUGUUCCGACAGACAGAGGAGAGGAACAGGCAGCUGCAGGAGCGUUUAGAGCUGGCCGAGCAGAAGCUGCAGCAGACCAUCAGGAAGGCGGAGACUCUGCCCGAGGUGGAGGCGGAGCUAGCCCAGAGGGUGGCGGCCCUCACCAAGCCUGACACCUCGAGCUCUAAGGACGCCAAGACACACAGGAAGGCGGAGGAGCGUCAUGGCAACGUGGAGGAGAGGGUGAGGCAGAUGGAGACUCAGCUGGAGGAGAAGAACCAGGAACUGCUCAGGGCGCGCCAGAGGGAGAAGAUGAACGAGGAGCACAACAGGCGUCUGUCGGAGACGGUGGACAAGCUGCUGUCAGAGUCCAACGAGAGGCUACAGCUUCACCUCAAGGAGAGGAUGUCUGCCCUAGAGGACAAGGUGGGUGGGUUAGGUUACACCCUAGAGGACAAGGUGGGUGGGUUAGGAUACACCCUAGAG